AUGACCAAGAACCGACAGCAACCGUCAAGAUAUUUCCCUGGCAAGGCGGAACAAGCUGAAGGUAUUGAUUCUGAUGAGGAGUCCGAGGCCGAGGAUGAUGGCGAGAGUGUGGAACCUGCGCCAAGGGUACCAGCACCGAAAGCGACAACAUUUCCUUCACAGCAACGGCCGCGCGUUCCUCAAUCGGUGCGACCGCCUCCGGACAAGCCUGAAGAGCCCGACCUUGACGGCUUCGUCACUGCAUCGGAGACAUCCGAAGAUGAAGAGGGGGACGGUAGUGACGGCGAAGGCAAGGACGAAAGUGAGGCGAGCGAAGACUCUUCCGACGAGGAGCCAAAGAAGCCUAUGCUAAGGCCAACAUUUCUCUCCAAAGCACAACGCGCACCGAAAGCGUCAACCGCGUCAAGUAACGGUGUCGAAGAUAUGGCAGCGGAACAGGAACGUCAACGCAAAGCCAAAGCCGAUGAAAUGCUACAGGCGCAAUUAGAGCGAGACGCAGCCGCUCGAGCCGUUGGUCGAAAGGCUUGGGACGAUGAUGCUGAUAACGUUGACCCUGAGGACGUUGUGGACGAUACAGACGGUGUAGACGUAGACGCAGAGCAUGCGGCAUGGAAGCUGCGCGAGCUCAAGCGAGUGCGACGGGACCGCUUAGCCAUUGAAGACAAGGAGAAAGAACGUGAAGAGGUCGAGCGACGACGUAACAUGACCGCCGAGGAGCGCGAGGCCGAAGACAAAGCGUAUCUCGAUGCGCAGAAAGAGGAUAGGGAAGGCAAGGGCAAGAUGGCCUUCAUGCAGAAGUACCAUCACAAGGGUGCCUUCUUCGGCGAUGAUGUUGAAGACGAAGAAGUUCAGAAGGUGCUCAACCGCGAUCUUGCAGGUGCGCGAUUUGCGGACGAAACGGGCGACAAGGCUGUCCUGCCGGAGUACAUGCGCAUUCGUGAUAUGACGCGGCUUGGCAAGAAAGGUAGAACAAGGUACAAAGACCUGAAGACGGAGGACACUGGGCGCUGGGGCACCGAGAAUGGGCGCAAGUGGCGAGACUCUCACGGGCUGGAUGAUCGCUUCAAGCCGGAUGAUCGAUACGAAGGCGGCCCACAAAGUACUGGAGCCAACAACGCACCUGUUGGUGAGAGGCGCCGGGUAGACGGAGACCCGUCAACAGGUCGGCAAGGGAAAAGAAUGCGUUACGAGUGA